AUGCACCCUGGCCCGUGCCUGCGCUCUCUGGGCUGUAUUACAGCCGACUUCCCGGACACCGUCUCACCAACUCCUCGCAGCGUCCUUGGGAUCCCGAGAUCGUUCCCCACUGACGCUGCUGGAAACGGCAAGGCCCCCGUGAACCUCUUGGAGGUUCAGCGCUGGCUGGUGGAGCCGCAGAUUGAUGACCCCAACAGCAGCCUUGAGGAGGUGACUCAUGAGGCUGACGCCACCACCACUGUGAACAAUCUGGGAAGCAAGCAAGCCUUGAAUACAGAUUACCUGGAUUCCGAUUACCAGAGAGGACAGCUGUACCCAUUCUCCCUCAGCAGUGACUCCCACGUGGCCACAUUCACUCUCACAAAUGCAGCUCCGAUGACCCCGACCUUCCAGGAGCGGUGGUACAUGAAUCUCAACAGCCUCAUGGACCGGGCCUUGACCCCACAGUGCGGCGAUGGGGACGACCUAUACAUCAUCACGGGCGCCGUGCCCUCAGACAUCAAAGUGAAAGACAAGGUGACCAUCCCUAAGUUUGUGUGGCUGGCAGCCUGCUGUGCUGUCCCUGGAGGAGGCUGGGCCAUGGGCUUUGUCAAGCACACCAGGGACGGUGAUGUCAUAGAAGAUGUGAUGCUGAAAGAGCUGGAGAAACUGCUUCCAUCUAACCCUCAGUUGUUCCAGAACAACUGUGGUGAAACAGAGCAGGACACAGAGAAAAUGAAAAAGAUCCUGGAAAUGGUUAACCAAGUCCAGGAUGAAGAGCGGAUGGCGCAGUCUAAAGAAAGCACUAGUCCCCUCCCCAGCACCAGGAGCAAGAGGUCGGCUCUGCUGCCUCCAGAGGCAUCUGAGGAAAGGAGCAGCUUUCUGGGGAAACUUGUAGGCUUCAUCGCUACGCCGUUCAUCAAGCUCUCCCAGUUAAUUUGCUACCUUGUGGUAGGAAUCCUGAAGAACACUGUGUAUAUCCUGUGGUAUGUCACCAAGCAGGUGAUUAAUGGCAUAGAAGGUUGCCUGUACCACCUGGGUUCAGCCACUGUCUCGUACCUCUUGGCCAUUGGGGAAGAGCUGGCAAGCAUUCCCUGGAAGGUACUCAAAGUCAUAGUCAAAAUCAUCAGGGCCAUUCUCCGGAUCCUUUGUUGUCUGCUAAAGCUUGUUUGCCGCAUUCUGGGCAUCCCUGUCCGAGUCCUUGUGGAUGUGGCCACUUUCCCCGUGUACACCAUGGGCGCCAUUCCCAUUGUGUGCAAGGACAUUGCAGUGGGCCUUGGUGGUGCCAUCUCUCUGCUCUUUGACACUGCUUUUGGUACCAUGGGUGGCUUAUUUCAGGUUGUAUUUAGUGUUUUCAAGCGAAUUGGCUACAAGGUUACUUUUGAAAAUUCUGGGGAGUUAUAGAACUCAAAAAACUAAUAGUGGCCAGUCACAGUAAAUUUGAUUUUUUUCUUUAAAUAGAGAAGGCUGGAAUACUUUGUCUGUACAGUGGGUUUUUGUUCACUCUCAAUUAUUAUUUUUUUGGCCUUUCCUGGGGAUGUCUGUAUGUUUUGGCAAAGGAAGAUGGUACAGUUUAGACUUGACCCUAGAGAAAUGUUCAGAGUUAUGUGUAGGUCAUCUGAUGUGAAAUGGGCAAACUUCUAAACCAUAACCUUCGCUUAUUUACUGAUACAGAUGACCAGCUGAGAUAUUCUGGUGUUCAGUGUGAUCAGUAAAAAUCACAGAAGAGGGAGGGAAGAAUUAGAAAGAGGACAGUCUAAACCAAAGGGUUUUCUGAGACAAUGAAAAAGAAACCUUGUUCCUCCCAUCACUCUCUGAGACUCAAGGCAAAACUGAUAGAAAUAUUCUUGGCCAAUGUGUCUUUUGCUUCUUUCUCCAUGACUCAGCUGACCUUGGUGAGGUGCAGACAUGCUUCCCUGUUGAAAUAGCUUUCUUAGGAUAUGGAAUCUGCUAUAUCCCUUAGCUUUCCGUGGUUACCAAGGAUCUUUAAGAUGUUUUUAUCUCCAGAGUUGAAUUUUGCAGCAUUUUUUUUAAUGUAAUGGUAAGCAUUUUAUGCCAAAUGUGGCAUAGCAAAUUUUGAAUGCAAGGGCAAAGAUUGUUUGCCUCUUGAACAGUGUAGGACAGUCUUUUGGGGUAUAAAGAAGAGGGCACAAGGGUCAGAGCCCAGCUCUGAGUAAGUGCAGUAGGUCCCAGGCCAUCCCUAGCCAAGCUUGGAUUAACUUGAAAUAUAUUAAAUCUCUGGCUGACAAGCUUGAUCUCAAAGACCUACAUAUUAAGCUAAUAUGAAAAUUCAAAUUCUGCAGCAUACUAGAUCAUUCUGUCUUAUACAUCAAGCAAAUACCCAAUAUAGUAAAACAUGCUGACUUCUUUCCUUAAAAGAUUGUUUUGGUAUAAAUGUAUAGAAAAGAGCCACUGAACAAAAACUAUUCUAGCCAUCUGGAAAGUUUAUAUAUGUAUAAACUUGAUUAAGAAUUAUCUCUUAGGCAAUUAUUUUUAUAGUGUGUUUGAGGCUAGAAAACAUAACUCUCCCAUUGAAGCAAAUUCUGUUUGAGAGCUAAUCCCCACUCUUUUGAUCAAACACUUGUCAUUUUAAAUCUUGCACUGAAAAUGGUAAGAAUCUCCCAAAUUUUGCUCUGCCUUCCACAGCUGAGAGUGAGUGGUCUGGAUUUUUCUGAGUGCUGUAAAGAGUUGCUGUGAGGUGAAAAAAAAAAAAGACAAAAAGGGGCCACGUGUAAAGUAUUGAUCUUGGGGGCGCAGGCCACCAUUCAUCUGAAAGUUGGAUGCAAAAACUUGGGGCCCAGAAAGACAACGAGGAGAGAAUGAUGGUCAGCUAUUUGUAUUGGGUUGGUGGACGUGAAACAUGAGUGUAGUGAGUUACAUUUUGCAGAAAAAUAAUUGACUUGGACCCAGAGUAGAAGAGCAGCCAGCGAGGUGGCAUCCUAAUCAAUCUGUGAUGCAAGGUUGGGGCUUAUGACCCCAGACGGUCCGUGAUAGGGAGCUGUGAACUGAAUUGUAGCAUCUUAAGCAGUAUUUCACCAACAGUUCUGUGUGUGAGCAUUAACAUCUGUAAUUGGGCUUCCCUUCGUCUCAGCCGUGUGAAGGUACAUGGAAGGGCAAGGGUACCGAUGGGUCAAGAAUCCUGCCGAUGAAAGAAAGAAAAUCUUAGAAGUGACCAGAGAGACAGUCUGGCCAAACCUUCAUUUAACGAGGAGCCUGAGGCGCAGGGAGGAAGCAGGCUUGCCUUCAGUUUCUCGGCUACCUGAUGGCAUAUCAGGAGCCAGGAUCUUUUCCACGUGUCCCGUCACACCUGGAUGUCAGAUAUGUGGUGUAUGCGGUACUAUUCGGCUGCCUCCCUGGACCAUGGCAGAGUUUUCUCCAUCAUCCAUCAAACACUCAUCCGUUGGAUUCAUCCUAUGUGGUGACACUAUUGGCCAUCCAUGCGCAACAUCACGCUUCCUACGUCCCACAGACUCUGUAUUCCCACAUAGUACGUACAUAUUUGCAAACUGAAAGGCCCAAACAGGGCAUCCAUGGCAGCUUGAGCCCCUUGGCACCAUGCAAGGAGCAGGGUAUCCCAACUGCUCCUUGAGAGCCUUUUGGAAAUGUCUUCUGUUUCACGGCUUCUUGUUCAGUGUCUUAUUUAUUUAUUCUUGCAUGGCCUUUUUUGAAAUCUGGGAAGGGAUCGUAAAGCAAAAAAAUAUCCUUAGGUUUAGGUGGCUGAGACUCUGCACUGGACCACUGGAGAUGGCCGUGCCCCCGGUUCACAGGCGCCGUGGCCCAGCACGUGGCUGGACUGCUGGUCUGUUGCCAACCAGCUGCUUUGGGUUUUGAGGUGGGAGUUUGGGUCGAUACACCCCAGCUCUGGCUUAGAGAUUUUUCUGUGGCUCUAUUACGGUCUCAGGUCCUUGGGGAAGUCAGCCACCUCUUCAUCUUUAGGGAGCUGGUUUUCUAGUGUGUGGACGAGCCACGCUUGUGGACACUCCUUUUCAAACAUCGUGCCUUUUGAACGUUGGCCUCUCGCUCGGCAUUAGCACUUCCACCUAAACGCAGACUAGGAGUUUAGAGAGGGAACUAGAGUGAAGCGCUCCUCGUUCAUCCAGUCAUUCAUCCAUCCAUUAUGGGUUUGAACGUCAAGGAUGCAGAGAUAAACGCGGCACGGAUCCCAUCUUUGAAGCGUUCAAAAGCCCAGUAGGGAGACCACCUGACACAACUGCAUGGUAAGUGCAACAGCAGAGGUGCUAGCAGGCUGCUCCCUGGGGUGCAGGAUGCGAAACCACAGGAGCAUGGGAAUUCCGGAGGCCUUUAGAGAGGGUGUGAAAAACAUCAGUCUGACAUUUUCAAGCUCUGUACAAUGCUGUGCACCUAGCAAUGCUCAAUAAAGUAAUUGUUGUUGACAACUCAUUA